GAGGGACGGAGUGCGUGCUUCCAAUCCAAUCUCUUGUUUCUCCUUCAUCAUUCUGCCUUCUGUGCCCAACCACAGCACACGGAAGGAACGCUGCGAUGGCGAUGGGCGCGGCUCUGCGGGCGGCGGCGGCGGACGGCGUCGUGACCUUCCUGUGGGUGCUCUGCGUCUCCUCCCUCGGCGCCUCCACGGCCGCCGUCACCACCUACCUCAGCCUGCACGAGGGGAUCCACUACGCCCUCCUCGUCACCGUCUCCAUCCUCACCCUCCUGCUCUUCGCCUUCAACCUCCUCUGCGACGCCCUCGGCGGCGCCAGCUUCAACCCCACCGGCGUCGCCGCCUUCUACGCCGCGGGCCUCACCAACCCCUCGCUCUUCUCCAUCGCGCUCCGCCUACCAGCGCAGGCCGCCGGCGCCGUGGGCGGAGCUCUGGCCAUCUCGGAGCUCAUGCCGGACAAGUACAAGCACAUGCUCGGCGGGCCCUCGCUCAAGGUGGAUCCCCACACCGGCGCCGUCGCCGAGGGGGUGCUCACCUUCGUCAUCACCUUCGCCGUCCUCUGCAUCAUCGUCAAGGGACCCCGCAACCCCAUCGUCAAGACUGCCAUGCUCUCCGUCUCCACCGUCAGUCUCGUCCUCACCGGCGCCGCAUACACCGGACCAUCAAUGAACCCUGCCAACGCGUUUGGAUGGGCUUAUGUUAACGAUCGACACAACACCUGGGAGCAGCUGUAUGUCUACUGGAUAUGCCCCUUUAUUGGUGCCAUUCUUGCUGCGUGGAUCUUCAAGGCCGUGUUCCUACGACCACCGCCUAAGCCCAAGGCCAAGAAAGCAUAAGAACUCGAGCAAAAACUUCAACUCAGCAAUUGGUCACAAAUAUUGAUUAGGAAGUAGCCGACAUUGGGUUGCUAGAAGAACACAGGGAAUAAUUUAUGGUUGUAUUUAAUCACCUCAACCUUGCACCAAUAUUUAACUUGCUGUGGUGAUCUAUCA